ACUGCCCGCCAAAGAGACCCAAUGCAGCCAUAACUGAUAACCCUUUGGAAUCACUCUUCUCUCUCUCUCUUUCUCUCUCCUAUUUUUUUUAAGAGAAAAUAUAUACAAAAAUAUGAAGAAAGUAGUUAGCCAUGGAAUAUAAAAAAAGAAAAAGCAAAUAAACAAAUAAAAAAAACCAAGAAGAAGAAGAAGAAGACGAUGACAGCAGCAGCAGCAGCUUGAGAAAGACAAUUCUCCCUCCACCAAAUGCCUUAACCAUUUCUUCAAGACUAACCCAUUUCACCAAACGCUCCUUUAAUUAAACAAACCCCAAAACCCAACUCUAAUUCGGUAACUCUCUUUCUCUCUCUCUCUCUUCACUUUCUUUCUUCUAUUUCUUCGUUCUUAUAUUUUCCCGUUAGUUUCUCACUCUCACCAUCUCUUCUCAUUCAUUUGUUCAUUCCUUGAUUCAAUUUCGUAUUCUUUCUCUUUCUUUCUUUCUUUCUCUCUCAUCCAUGCAGCCACCUCGCCGGAAAACCCCUCUGUUCCCAUCGGAGCCGGGGGCAAUGAAGGGUCGCAAGAACAACAACCUUUCCAUUUUCGUUGUUGUUUUCUCCAUUUUCUUAUUUGGGGUGUUCAUGUACAAUGAGGACGUUAAGUCCAUAGCCGAGUUUCCUUUUUCAAGGCCCAAAGCUCAAGAAAUCCAAGAAACGAUGCCCGAACAGAGCAAAAAGCCGGUGAAGGUUGUGGCGAUGGUUGAAGAAGGAAAACCACAGAACGAUGAUGAGAACAAAGCAGUGAAGAAUUCCCAAACUUCACUUGACGAAAACCCAGCUGAGGAUUCUGAUGAAACCCCAGAAAAAAUAAAGUUGGAACCAAUUAAAGAAGAGGAGCAGAAGAUAGAAUUGCCAGUUCUCACCGGAAAAGGAGAAGAGGAAGAAAACGACGACGGUGAAGAUGUCGUUUUGCCACCGGAAGAUUGCGAUUUGUAUACAGGGGAAUGGGUUUAUGAUAAUUCUACCCACCCGUUAUAUAAGGAAGAUGAAUGCGAGUUUCUCACAGCCCAAGUGACUUGUAUGAGAAAUGGAAGAAAGGAUUCCAUGUACCAAGGUUGGAAAUGGCAACCCAGAGAUUGCUCUUUGCCCAAGUUCAAAGCAAGAUUAUUACUAGAGAAACUGAGGAACAAGAGGCUCAUGUUUGUUGGGGACUCACUCAAUAGAAAUCAGUGGGAAUCAAUGGUUUGCUUAGCUCAAUCUGUUAUACCUCCGGGAAGGAAGAGCUUACACAAGUCUGGCUCUCGAAAUAUUUUCAGAAUUGAGGACUAUAAUGCCACAGUGGAGUUUUAUUGGGCCCCAUUUUUGGUUGAGUCAAAUUCAGACGAUCCAAAUAUGCACAGCAUAUUGAACCGUAUAAUAAUGCCUGAAUCGAUUGAUAAACAUGGUGUCAACUGGAAAAGUGUCGACUAUCUUGUCUUCAACACAUACAUCUGGUGGAUGAACACUUUUUCAAUGAAAGUUUUACGAGGAUCGUUCGAUGAAGGGGCCACAGACUAUGAUGAGAUCGAACGGCCAGUAGCAUAUGGAAGAGUUUUGAGGACAUGGGCUAAUUGGGUGAACGAAAAUAUAGAUCCCAAUCGUACUACUGUCUUCUUUAGUAGCAUGUCCCCUCUUCAUAUCAAGAGCUUGGACUGGGAUAAUCCAGAUGGCAUAAAAUGUGCCAAAGAAACUAUGCCAAUACAGAACAUAUCAAGCCCAAUUCAAGUGGGGACAGACCGUCGGCUGUUUGUGAUAGCCAAUAACAUAACUGGGUCGCUCAAAAUUCCGGUUCACUUCCUCAACAUAACAACUCUUUCUGAGUACCGUAAAGAUGCACAUACUUCAGUCCACACCAUACGACAGGGUAAGAUGUUGACCCCAGAACAGCAGGCUGACCCGGCCACGUAUGCAGAUUGUAUACAUUGGUGUCUUCCUGGGUUACCUGACACGUGGAACGAGUUUCUGUAUACACGUAUCAUCUCUCGUUCUUGACCUGUUUGAAGGGGUCGUCUUUUUUUUUUUUUUUUUUUUUGGGUUCGUUUACCAUCCACCUCAGUUCAUAUAAUUUCCCCCUAAAUCUGUCUUUCUUUUUUAGUUUUGUAUAGGUUUCGAGUCACUUCGAUUUUUUGGUUCUUUUUUCUUUUUUAAGCCGAGUGGGGUGGUGGGAUAAGGGAUGUCAUUUUUGACAAGUGGGCAAAAUUUCAUAGGCCGAAAAUGGGCAAUUUAAUACGCUUACUUGAAUUGUACUUAACAAAACAAAUAAAGUAAAUCAAAAAAUUGUACGUAAUGCACAACUGUUUCCUCUUAGCUU